UACCUCUCGGACCAGCUUUGCAGCAACACUGCAAAGUUGAGCAAACACUGCUGAGCAUUCGGCACGUAUAGGGUGUGUGCGAGUAAGUGUGCGUGGCCGGGCUGGGCGCAAGUGUGUGUGUGUGUGUGUGUGUGUGUGUGUGUGAGCAUUGUGGCACCCGUGUUUGUUUGGACAGCAGCCUGACGUUUCGGCACCAUCAUGCGGGCAGCGGCUGAUGUGGACGCAGAGAUCUACCUCGGAGACGAAGAGGGGGACAACGAAGAUGAGGAGAGUGAGAGCAAUGGGGGGCAGCCCUGGAAGGGGCGACUGGAGACAGUCGUGGAGGAAGAGGAGGAGGAAGACAUAAUCUCCACGCAAAGCGACACUAGGCCUCUCCUCAAUGAGAGAGAUCCACGGCAGAUUAAUGAAUGCCUCAAGGUGAGUUUCGAGGACGUGAUCGCCGAGCCGACGGCGGUGCGGAGCGGCGACCGGGUAUGGCUCUGGAGCCACGCACUCUUCGAGGUGUCCCGUGUGUGGUCCUACCGCAUCAUCACCGCGCUACUGGCCGCUCCAGUCUCCAUCCUCGCCGGCAUCCUCUUCGCCGUCCUCAGCUUCCUUCACAUCUGGCUCCUCUCUCCAUGCAUAAAGGCCAUCCUUGUUAACACUGGCUGGCUCGAGACCCUGUGGCACAGUAUUUUGGACAUCUUCAUCCUCCCUUUCUUCUACAGCGCCGCCAAGUGCUACGGAGGCGUCGGUGUGCGGCUGACGCAGGAGUGAAGAAGGACCCCCGCGUGUGUUCUCGCUUUGUUUUUUUCCUUUCCAUUUUAUUAUUAUUUUUUUUUUCCAUUUUUAUUUCAUUUUUAUGGGAACUCUUAGGGCAGAGAGGAGUCACCAUAUAUGGCGAUGAGGCUCUGCGGAACAGUGGAAGCCAGAGUGGACUGAUGAAGGAGCCCAAUCAGAGCCGGGCUUGAGUUUGCUGACUGCAUUAGCCAAACAGAAUCGAGUGACACACACACAUACACACAAUUUGGCUGAAAUUAAUAAUUGGGAACGGAUGACUAGGGCCCCAAGCUGCACUGGCCAAUAGCCAGCUGCAGUUUUCCUGGGUGUGAGGCUAGUCUUGCUGACAACAGAAAUAAUCACCAUCAUGGGUAUCGUACAUUGUGUUGUUGCAGUAAAGAAACAGGGCUGGGCGGUGCAUCCAUAAGUGCCACCUUAUUACAAGACUUCAUGUAUUAUACUGUGUUAACACAACCUAGACCUUAACAAGUCACUUUGCCAUUUUUUGAUGCACUGUGAAAAUUCCAGUUCUUGUCCUCUUGCGGUGAAGCUCGUGCUGUUUUAAGAGAUAGAGGUAAGCAAGGAAGGGCCACCUACCAGGGCUCCUUUAUCUGAUAUUCAAAUUAAGGACAUGUAUGGUUUUUACUGUGUACUGGAUGUUGCAUUAUGCUCCAAAAGGACAGACACACCUCUUCUACGGAAAAGGACAAAAUUCCACAGCAUUUAUUGCCCUGAUUAAUGGCUCACUGUUCUUAUGCUAAUGUAUGGCUGUUGUGCCGUAAGAACGGCUUCAAUGGGAAGCUGACGGCAGGUGCCUGUCUUUGCAGACCUGAGGCAGUUUUUGACACCUCUCUCAUCAUUACUAAGGCCCAAACACAGAUGGGUGAAACAGAUCCUAGAGCAGAAUAAAAAGGGCAAAAAGGAGAUGGCUCAUUUCAGGGACACACAGCUCCACAGACCUUGGAACAGAAUUAUCAUAGGUCACGCAACUAAACAUCUCCAUGGCUCCAUCACCUCCUAGUUGCAGGAAGAUGAGAUUUGCAAAAAUAUUUACAGAUUCUCUUUACACAACUUCAAAGGAAUACACUACAAACUCAUCUGUUAUGAUAAAACGCACAAAUUCAAAAAUCAUUGUUCACAAGUCCAAAGUGACAAAUCUUAGUAUGCUCAAGUUUGGUUUGGAUCUGAUUUAGAGCAUAUGUCAGUGGUGCAGUUGGUAUUCAGCUAUGCCAACCACACAUCUAUAUUUAGGUCUUGUGGGAUGUUGUGAAGAAACUCUCUUAGAUGCCAGGUACUAAAUUAGUUACACCAAUGGAGAAUAUUUUCUUCAAAAAGACAUUUAUGGCUGGUGUUUCCCAGUUAUUUUAAGAAGUUGCCCUGUUUUUCUCUAAAGCCACACACACAAAUCUGCACUUGUCAUACAGCACUUCCAAAUGUUGGACAUAAAAUAUAUUUUCACAUUAACGUUUAUUUUCAUAUAAAAUGUCCAAGCUGAUUUUGUUACAAAAUUACUUUGAAAUUUUGGAUACAGUAAUGACUGCUAUUGGCAUCUGCACCUUAACCCUUUAACUGCCCCCUACAGUUUCGGGUUUUCCUGCCCUAAAACACCAAAUCCAACUCACGAAUUCAAUAAGGUAUGCAAAGGCAAGAAAAACUUGAAUCUGUGUGGAAGUGCAUAGUCAGCAAAUUAUUUCAGUUUGUUUGAGGAAGUAAAAUGCAGACUAUUCAUAAUAAACAUAUAAGAAAUA